UUUGUGAAGGUUAUUUUAUUUCCUCUUUAUCUGAGAGCAUUUGGAGCGGGACAAGAAUCAAGGAAUGGCAACCACUGGUUCAGUCCCGAUUGCCAAGAAGCUGAAACCAACCGAAGCAACUCCGGAGACCUUCCAUGAGUUCGGUCAGGUCAUUGAGGCCUCUCCCGACGGUGAUGAAUUCGGUCCUCGAGAUGCUCAGCUUGACCUUAGCCGCGGGAUUCCCAGGUUCUACAUUAUGCGUAUAGAAGAUAGACCGCUCAAGUUUUCCAAUAUCACACACCAUGCAAACGUGACACAGUGCCUUGGUUCGGUUGGUGGUCAUGUUUGGUAUCUUGGAGUAGCUAAACCAUCCAUUUUGGAUGCAAAUGAAAUUAAGGAGGAUUCAAACAUCAAUGACAACAUCGUCCAGUCUAGCUGUGGUCAUUUUUAUGUGCCUCCUCGUGUUGAGGAUAUCCACGCUUUCAGGGUUACAGGUUCUAAAUUUCUUAAGCUUCAUCGUGGGACAUGGCAUGCCGGGCCAAUAUUCAAGGGAGAUGUAAUGGAUUUCUAUAAUUUGGAACUCAGCAAUACUAAUGUUGUUGACCACACCAAACAUGACUUCGCCAAGGAAAAUGGAGUGAUUUUCUUAAUUGAAGACUAGUUUGUGCCAUCCAAAUUUAUUUCUGAUAAUUGUAUAUGAGAAAUAAUUGUUUAUUCCUUAAAAUACAGGGAAUGUUAUCCCCAGUUGUAAAAAUGAACCACACAGGGCUCUUACUAAUUAUACUAGUUUUAACAUUCUA